AUGUGGUUUGCGCAUACAUUGGAUGAUCCCGAUUAUGCGAGAAGAAACAAUGCAAAGCACACAGGCAUGCACCUUUGGCGCAAAGUAAAGCAUGCACGUUUACAAAAGGAAACUCAGAAGUCCCUGAGUCAACAUAAUCAAAAUACAGACAAUAAAAAACACCCCAAAGAUUGGAAUAACCCACAAUUGGAAACACAUGACUGUAAACAAGACUUUGAACAAAUACUCUUAUCACGACCACAUGAAGGCCUCGAGUUUUCGGCGACUUUGUAA